GAUACGGGUGUGGGCAAAUCAAGCAUCGUAUGGCGGUUUGUGGAAGACAGUUUUGAUCCGAAUAUCAAUCCAACCAUAGGGGCAUCUUUUAUGACCAAGACUGUCCAGUACCAAAAUGAGCUCCAUAAAUUCCUAAUCUGGGAUACAGCUGGACAAGAACGACUUCAUUGCUUCUUCCCUCUGCAGUUCCGUGCAUUGGCACCGAUGUACUAUCGAGGGUCAGCAGCGGCCAUCAUCGUUUAUGACAUCACAAAAGAAGAGACAUUUUCAACAUUGAAGAACUGGGUGAGAGAACUCCGACAGCAUGGCCCCCCUAGCAUUGUUGUUGCCAUUGCAGGGAACAAAUGCGAUCUCACUGAUGUCAGAGAAGUCAUGGAGAGAGAUGCUAAGGACUACGCCGAUUCCAUUCAUGCCAUCUUUGUAGAGACCAGCGCAAAAAAUGCGAUAAACAUAAAUGAACUGUUUAUAGAAAUUAGCCGAAGAAUUCCAUCCACGGAUGCCAACCCGCCGUCUGGCGGCAAGGGCUUCAAACUCCGAAGACAGCCAUCGGAGCCAAAGCGAAGCUGCUGCUGACGACCCAGGGCCCCACACUGAUGAAGAAGCAGGUGGUCCUGGGUGUUGCAGGAGGGCCAGUCCUUGCCUCUGGCAGCUGCAUCAUGCCCUGGAGUCUUCUUCAUGCAAAAAGGACUCAGAGGAGCUGGCUGCUGGGCUCUCUGAGAAGACUGCAGCAGGCGUCUCCUCUGCAGACCUCUGGUGCAGACUCUGGCGUGGAGAGGGACCACAUCACUGGCUGUUGACCUAGCAUCUGAUGUGUGGAUGGUAGGAUGGAGUUGCUGGUACUUUUGUAAUCAGGAUGCCAUGUAUCAUCUGUAAAGGGAAAUGAGCACUUUUGUGGAUCGGAAGGGAAAAGGCUGUGGAGAUGGUCAUCUCCUUGACCCUUGUCCCUGGUGUCAGCGUCGAAUCCUUUAAGAUGUGGAAAGUGAUCACUAGCGGAGGAAUGGGUGUCCCCGGGACAGUCCCCACCAUCUCUAAAGCACUUUGAUGCACAGUAAAUGAACACCGAGGUGGCAGCCACCUGGUUCCCCUUGUUCGCAUACUUCUGAUGACCCUGUAUGUGUCACCCACACCUUAGUUUUAUCAUUACCUUUCUAAAUAAGCUCUCGAGGUCCAGGUGAUGGUGUGUCUAAACUGAUGAGGAGCAGUGGUUUAAAAAGAAGAGGGAAAGAACAAAGAAAAUGUUAUUUUGGUUUUUUGGCCCAGGUAUUUUGGUGGGGGGAAAAAUGUGCUCUGCCUAGCAUAUGUAAAUUUGUAGUCUAUAUUUAUGAGACCAUUGCUUAAAAAUUAUAAAUUAUGUAAAUACAUUAAUAACUUCUGAGUUCUGUUUAGUACUCCAUUUAGCCCUGUGCCCCGUCUUCAUGUGUGCCCGCCGACUUUCCAGUUGGUCACAGGAGGUGUGGAAGUGCAUUCACCUUGUGCAAAGGCAUGGAGCACUUAGCUCACAGCUUCCGUCUUCCUCCCUUGCCCCUCUGCCUCCCACCUGGAGAUGGUAACAAAGACUUGUGCCUCCCUAACAAGCCUGGUCAGUCCUUCCUAGCCUGGGGCCAGUGAGUGAGUGAGAGAGAGAGAGCCCUACACCGCCCAUCAGUCACUACCUGGCCUUGCAGUGGCGAGCUCAGAGCAACUGUGUUGGGUGCUUUGCUUGCUGACAGCCGGCUCACCUCGCCCUCCUUUGUUUCCUCCUGCCUCCGCUAGUGCUUUGCACUCUUUUCCCUAAGGAACCUAAUGAGGUUCUUAAUAUAAUCUAAAAAUAAAGCCCCCAAGUGAAACUGCUGGAGAUUUGUUUCUGGCCUAAUUUGGCACCCUUCCAGCCCGAGUAUUGUAACGGAAGGAAAUUUACAAGAUUAAAUAGGAAAUGAAACAGCUUGAAUUUCAAACCAAAUUGUGUUUUCAGAGCUGUCCUUAACUGAACAGUCAAAACUUUUCAAAAACAAUUGUUACCACUUUGUGCCCCUCCUCUGCAUACUUAGAAUGGAGAGUUUUGAGGGAGGGGCAGCCGAGAUGGCACAGCCUAAAGCGAGGCUCACUCUCUCUGACAUCAGUGUUACCAAUAGGAUGAACAGCGUGAGCCCUGUGUUCCUGUCUUUCAUGCCCUCCCUGUCACCAGUCUGUCCAUGGAAUCCCGGGGCUCCCCAGGUUGGGGUGUCAUGUACUACUUCAUGACGACAGACUCAGGUGGGCCCACACUUGAUGCUCAGUGAGCAUCUCUUCUCAUAAAAUGCAUAUUAAAAUAUACUCAGACGUAGCGCUUUAUUUUGACCACAUUUUAGAUUAAAUAGAAGUCUAACACACAUUUCCUCCUCUCCUGGUUGUUUCUUAAGAGAAAUAGCCAGACUCCAAAGGCAUUAAGACCCAGCCCCUCCAUAAAAAUCUGUGGUUCCCUAUGAUGCAGGGCCAUUUUAAAAACCUUUGAAGACUGAAGAGAAGGAAAAGAUCUUUAAUUAACUGCCAGUGUGUAUUGAUUUCUUUCAGAGAAAUUGAAAUAAGCUCCUUGCAGGUGUCCAAUCCUAGGAACCACUGGUCUCUCGAUCUCUUCUUUUGCAUAAGUGUUUUUCUGAUUCUGUGGUAACUAAUUAACUAUCAUUUGGUGAUUAAAAGAACAUAAAGUGAGAGUCUGAUUAAGUGUCCUUCACUGUAAACUCUGUGAGAAGUGAUUGGAGAGAAAUACCUACCGCAAGCCCUUCUGGUUCCCAGUGAAAUGCCAUUGCCUGCUUGUCAGCUGCAGCCAAGACACACGCUGUACAUGGCAGCGGGGAGAUUUAUUCCUUUAAAAAUAACCUGGGCCCUUGUUCCCCAUUCAUGGUGAUAUUUGAAGUGCCCGCCUCUUGUCACUGUGCUCCUGUUCUUGGACGCCUACCCAGGUCAGAGGAUCAAGAUCUUCUUCUGAGGGACAAGGCUACUUCAAGAGGCCAGUGUCCUUGUUGAGUCUCUCUGGAUUUUUAAUUGCAUGACAUAUGAGAGGCGGGGGGUGGCAGUGACCCACAUUUAAUUUUAGAACAUGUCUGUAAGUUCCUUGUCAGAGAGUGGGUUUGGGGGCUUUCUAAAUGUUUUAAGAGACACAGCUGAGGGUGUCCUGGCACCUGGCACCCAAGAGCCUACCAAACCAAAGGGCCUGGUGCUGUAAUUGAAAGGUAUCAUAUUUGAAUGGGGGGCAGUCAUUUGGAGUACCCUGCAUACCAGCACAGCAGCCUCCACAUCCCAAAAGGCAAUGGCUCACUGCCUUUUCUAUUGCAAAGAAGGCUGAUGGGGUCCAGCUCUGUAUUCCUCACUCACUGUUUCGGGACCCACAGAGACUUUGUGCCACGUAAGCCCUCACACUGUGAUCUCUGUAACUGGCCCUUGGACACCCAUGUGUCUGCAAGACCCUACAGGGGUCAGGAGACAGUCUUCCCGAGGAGAGGUAGCUGGGAGCCCUGAGCUCUGCCCUCACCUCCAAUCCUGCCUCAGAACAUGGCAGCCAGACAGACGGUUUGUACCUGGCUCUUCAGCCUCAGCUCUUCAGGCUGGUUCUGAUGAGUGCAGAAUGACAGUGGGGAGUUAGCUCAUGGAAUCCCUUGCAAGUCCUUAUUUAAAUUUGUUUUGAAGGGACAAGCAGCACAACUCUGGUUAAUUAUUUGAUUUCAUCCAUUUUUAAGGAAGAAAUGGGAUCUACAAGAUUCAACCUGUUAACUGUGCCUUCCGUUGGGAGAGGGCGGAGCUUCAAUGAUAAAAGGUGAUGGUUUAAGAUAGCCCAUGAAUGAUUUUUUUUUUAAUUGGGUUGGUGAGAUCUCUUUGUAGAGACACUCGCUGCCAAGGCUGCCGACACAAGUUCAAUCAAUGGGACUCACAUAGUGGGAAGAGAAUUCCACAAGUUGUCCUCUGAUCUCCACUUGUCGUCCCACCACACACACACACACAGACACACACUCA